AUGUCCCAAAGUAAAAAUAGAAAUACUGCUGAAAGGGAAGCUAAACGACUUAUUCGGCAAUGUCGUUUAAGCGAACGAGAUUUAGGACAACCUCAAUUAUUGGAAGAAAUAAUUGCGACACAAUUAAGUGAAGAAUUGAUGAAUAAAUUUAAAAUUAACAAGAAAAAAAAAGAAAUGCUUCUUGAUUUUCAGGCAGAAUUUAUACGAAAGACCAAGCUGAAAGAAUACAAGCAUCGCCUCACUCCGAUAUAUGCUGAAAUACCUCGAAUGAACGAUUCACAUAAAAAAAUUCGCGCUCAAGCAGAACUUUGUCCUACAGCCAAAAUGUCUGUGUUCCAAGAACGUUGUAUUACGUCCAGGGUUGCGGCCAAAGGUUUGGAGAAAAAGUACCAAUUGAUAGUGCCCAGAAUAUUGGCAGAAGCUAAGGAAGAAUUUAUUAGAAUCACACACUCUGCUGGAGUUUGUUUAAAAGCAAAGCCAGUAAAUUCAGAUGAGAAACGAUUUGUCAUCCAACCCUACAAAUAUUUAGGAAGAAGCUCAAAUUACAAUGUGUAUCUGUGGAUUCGAAAACAAUUUCAAACUAAAUUUUUGCUGCAUCAUCCACUGGUCCGAAAAAUUUAUAAAGAAUGCAAGAUGUUGCCUGAAAUUUUGUUCGAUCUGAAAGAUCUAAGGAUAAAACCACUUGCGCUACAGGAGUUAGAUGACACUUUCAAUAAUUUGACCUCAGAUUCUGAAAGUAUCUUAUUUAAGUUUUAUUAUAAAGUUUGUGAGAUAGUAGAGUAUUCCGAUUAUAAUUUAGAUCAAGAUGCUUUAAGAAAUCUUCUUAAAGUAUGUACUGGUCUUUUAUCAGUUUUUAUAAGUCUUUCUAUCCAAAAUACUAUUAAUCACGUAGUUGAAGUAACUGGAAAAGAAGAUCUUGUUCCAUAUUUACAGCUGUCUUUAAAAUAUGAUUCAAGCCUGUAUAUGCAUCCUAAUCAGCAAGACGUGAUCUUAUUAUAUAGUUUAUUUAUUUCUAAGCUAGUAGAUCUAGGAACUAACUUUCCUAUUUUGGAGAUAAUAAAAAUAAGAUCUCAUCCAGAAGCUCUCAUCCACCUGAACAUAACCGAUGAUUAUUAUGAGUCUGUUCUUAGUCAAGUUGCCGUAAAUAUAAUGAAACUGUUCGUUCCUAUUGAUGAAUAUAUGCGUAAGAUUGAUUAUGAUUUUCGUGAAAUGUUCAUUGAUUUUGCAGUAACUGAUGAUAAAGAAAAAACAUUUGAAAACGGAUGUUUACAAAUUAAACAUUUUAAAAAUUACAUCUCAAAAGCAAGUUCUUUAUUGGGAAGCGAGUAUUUUGCUAUAGGUCAACUAGUGUUGUCAGAAUAUGUAUUGUCAAUGAAAGAGUCUUUAUCAGUUAUAAUAGAAGACAUAUUUUAUAAGCUGUGUCGAAUUCAUAUAUCGGAAAAUGAAAGUAUUUGUCAAGAAUUCGAAAACAUUAAGGAAGAUGCUUUGCUGCAGCCAAAUAAUAGCGAGGAACUUAUUGCUCAAGGAAAACAUAUGAUUUGGGUUAAAACAGUUCUUAUUUUUGAAUUAAGAGAACGAAUUCAAAAAAUGUUAUAUAAUUUAAUUCAGCUCAUAGAAUUUGGCACAAUAGAUAAAGAACACAUGAAUAUUAAUACAAAGACGGUAUUAUGGAUGAAAAACAUAGACGAUAUACUUGAUAAAAACUCAUCUAUGUACGAGCAAUUGAAAUUUCACGCUGAGGAACUACUGCAUCAUUCUGUCGCAUAUGUCCAGGAAGAAACUGUUAUUUUAGUACCUUUACUUGAUAUAUUAGAUAACAUGGAUGAUUAUAAGCGAUGUAAAGACUAUGUUUUUAAAAUCAAAUCGCACUUGGUAAAAAUAAAAGAACUGCGCCAU